UGUGUGUGCUGCAGUACUGUGUGUUCUUAAAAAAACAACAUUUAAUAUAACACACAGACACACAACACUCUGCGCGCUGUGCACUCCGUUGCAGCGGCGGCGGCAGUGUCAGCGUAACGAUAUUAUAUAUACAUUAAAAGUACAUUAUACGUAUCGUAUGUAUUAGCAUUGAACGAUCGUCGCCGCGGUACAACAUAAUAUAUACCGAUAAUUUUACAAAUCGCGUGUGGUGCAUCGCGCGUUUGUUUGCUUUAAACUUUAUACACGUAAACUCUCCUCCCCGUCUCGCGCGAGUCGCGAUAAAAGUGUGUGCAAUUAAACGCAUCGAAAAAGAGUGGCAGCGAGCUCGUGGCGGCGGCGUGCAAACACCUGUGGACUGCGCUCUCGCGUGCACGCACCGUGUUUGGUGUCUAUAUCUAUCUGCUCUUAGCCGCGAGUCAAAAGUAAACACUCACGCAUAUAUUCGCGCACAUACACACACACACAGAGUUGCGCGACGACGACUCGUGCGUGUAUAUAAUAGUAUGUGGAAAGGCAGCAGCAGCAGCGGCGGCUAAGAAGGCAUUCCAUGUAGCUUAUGUAUACGCGAGUCGGAGUUCGGACGGCAGCAGCAACAGCAGCAGCGACUGCUCCUCUAUAUGUAUAUAUGUGUUACAAUAUCGGCAUAUCGCUAAUUCCGCGGCGAGUAUGAAGUACUGCGACGCUGCAUCAUUGCCGUCGUCGUCGUUGUUGUUAUUAUUAUACAGUGCGGUGGUGUCGUCGUCGUCGCGUUGUUCCUCUUCCUCGUCGUCUUGUGAAUCCGUUGUUUGUUCUCCGUGCGGAUAGUCGGUUUAAUAUAGCAGAAGAUAUAUAUCGUUUUCUGCGAGUGUGGUGUUGUGCGGCGCAGCGCACGCACACAUUCUUCUUCUCCUUACAAUACACACGACGCUAUACAUGCGUGCGUACCCGUGCAUACCGAUAGCCCAACUGCACGCAGCCCAACAACGACAGCGUAUUAUUAUUGUAAUAAAAUAAUAAACGCGCAUAGACAUAAGACACACUCGUAGUAGUGAGCGUGCGAGGCCGGAAGGAAGGAAGGAAGAGUCAUCGUCAUGGGUCAACGUAACGAGCAGCGGCCGAGUCCGUGGCUGACUGCCGGCUUGUUCAACCGAUUGGUCUUCGGAUGGCUCGGCAAGAUCAUCGAGCGGUCGCAGCAAAAGCGACGCGACCUGGCCCGCACGGAUCUGUACGCCGCGCUGCCGAGCGAUCACAGCGAGCUGCUGGCGGGCCGUCUCGAGCGACACUGGCGCGAGGAGCUGGAGGAGGCCCGGUCGCGCCAGAGGAAGCCCCGACUGUUGCGGCCCGUCUGCAGGGUGUUCGGCUGGUCGUACGCGCUCUACGCGCUGCCGAUGCUGCUGCUCAACUGCCUGAGGAUACUGCAGCCCGUCGCGCUCGGCUGGCUCAUUAAAUAUUUCGAGAGGGGCUCCGAGACGACGGCCAAUCAGGCCUACGGCUACGCCGCGGUGCUGAUCUUGGCGACGUUCCUGCACAGCUUUCUCAAGCACCACAUAGAUCUGGGCACGCUGAGGCUCGGCAUGCGGCUGAGGAUCGCCUGCUCGGCCCUCGUACACCGCAAGACCCUGAGAUUGGCCACGACGGCGGUAAACAGCGGCACCUCGGGCCGCAUGGUCAAUCUGCUGUCGAACGACGUGGCCCGCUUCGAUCAGCUCUUCAUGUAUCUGCACUACGUCUGGCUGACGCCGCUGGCCACCUGCUGCAUCGGCUACCUCAUCUGGGAGAAGGUGCAGAUCUCCGCGUUGGCCGGCGUACUCACCAUGGCCCUCGUCACCGUACCAUUGCAGGUUUGCGCGGGUAUGAUCACGACGAGGUACCGGAAAAAGAUCGCGGCGAGGACCGACGAGCGGGUGCGACUGAUGGCCGAGCUCAUACACGGCAUCCAGGUGAUCAAGAUGUACGCCUGGGAGCGGCCCUUCGAGUACAUCGUGUCGCGCGCGCGCAGCUACGAGAUCGACGUCAUCUCCUACAUGUCGUAUCUGCGCGGCGUGAUAAUAUCGUCCAAUGCCUUCGUCGAUCGCACCUGCCUCUUUCUGACCAUUGCGACCUACGCGCUGAUCGGCGGCUCGAUCACGGCCGACAAGGUCUUCACCAUGGUCGCGUACUUCACGAUACUGCAGAAUCUCUGGGCGUACAAUUUUCCCCGGGCGGUGGCCAACGCCGUGGAGGCGCGCGUCUCCGUCAAGCGCAUCGAGAAAUUUCUGAUCGUCAAGGAGAUCAAGAUCAAGGCGCCGACGCUGUCCGCGGAGGAGAACGCCAGCAUAUCGAUCAAUUCCAUGACGGUGUCGUGGACGAAGAAGCGCAUCGCCAAUACCGUGCACAACGUCACCAUGUACAUAACUCCGAAGCAGCUGCACGCCAUAAUAGGACCCACGAGCUCCGGAAAAACUACGUUGAUUUACUCGAUGCUCGGCGAGUUGCGCGAAUCGUUGGGAGGUCUCGUGAUCAGAGGCACCAUCGCUUACGCUUCUCAAAAACCAUGGCUGUUUCCCGGCACGAUCAGGCAGAAUAUCGUCUUCGAUCAGCGCUUCGACGAGGCUCGCUACCAGUCGGUGAUCCGAUGCUGCGCACUGGAGCGCGACCUCGAAACGAUGCCGUUGCGAGACGAAACUUUGGUCGAGGACAAGGGCACGAAUCUCAGCGGUGGACAACGUACCAGGAUAAAUUUGGCAAGGGCCGUGUACAGACAGGCGGACAUUUACGUGUUCGACGAUCCGCUAUCGUCGGUAGAUGCGACGGUCGCUCAGCACAUAAUCAACGAUUGUAUCAAUGGAUUUUUAAAAGAUAACACCAGAAUCAUCGUGACGUUCAACAUGCAGUGUCUGAGGCAGGCCGAUACCAUAUUUUUAAUUAAAAAUGGAACACUAGAAAUGCAAGGAAAAUUAUCAAACCUUUCUGAGAAAGAGUUAGAGCUGUUGAAAUUGUCGAGCGGCGAUCGAGAAAAGACUGAUAAUUCGAAAGUGAUCGAAAAUAUCAACAAUCAAAAAAACACUUACUUGAACAAUAAGUCUGAUCAUAUUACACUGAAACCAUCGAAAAACGAUGACAAAGGUGAUCCACAAGAGACCGAAGAACUCAUUGCUAAAGGGAAAAUGAAGUCAUCGAUAUUUUUACGUUACUUUCGAACUGGAAAUUCGGAUUUUUUACUCGGGCUUACAUUCUUGUUCUUUUUCAUCGCACAAAUCGUCAGAUGUGGCUCUGAUUACUGGUUGGCUUAUUGGACAAAAAAUGAAGAGAUUCGAAUGAGUUACUUGGCCCAACAAGCUAUGAAAAAUCAAACCAACAAUACUAAUACAAAUACUGUAACGAGUCAAAUCACCGGUACUGUUAUCGAAGCAGUAAAAAAUCGAACCGUCAGAAAUAUCAUAGAUCCUGUAGAAAAUCAAACCGCUAGUACGAUUAUGGACGUUAUAAGAGACCAAACCACCACUGCUAUUAUAGACGUUGUAAAAAAUCAAACCACUAGUACUGUAGCUAGCACUAUAGAUGCUGUAAAUACUGAAAGCAGUUUUACUCUUUCAGCUAAUGUGACUACUGAUGCUUCCACAUUAAAUGUAACAGAGAGUACGACUUUAAUUCAAGAUUUAUUGUCGACUACUGUGACGAGUAUAAAUAAUAAUUCGUCGUACUUGAAUCAAUCGAUGAUUAAUUCUACACAAGAAGAACCGAAAUAUAUGGAGAUGGAUUUGUCUCUAAUGAUAUAUGGAAGCAUACUGUUUUUUUGUAUUUUGACAACAAUCAGCAAAAUUCUACUGUUGUAUACAGUCUGCAUGAAUUCGAGUAGGAAAAUCCAUAAUGAAAUGUUCUCGUGCGUUUUAAAAGCACCUCUGAGUUUUUUCAAUAAACAGUCAUCUGGAAGAAUACUUAAUCGAUUCUCGAAGGAUACCGGAAGUAUGGAUGAAACAUUACCUCUAACGUUACACGAGUCAAUCGAAGUAUUUUCCAUUAUUUUGGGCGUAUUAUUUCAAGUGUUCAUCGUCAAGUGGUGGUCAAUACUGCCACUUAUCGCAGCCGCUAUUGUUUAUUUAAAAAUUCGUAAUCUUUACGUUCCUAUUGCUUAUGGCAUUAAACGAUUAGAAGGGGCAGCAAAAAGUCCUGUAUUUUCUCAUGCUAUUUCCUCGUUAGAGGGCAUGGUAACGAUAAGAUCGAAUCGAGCUCAGACAUUUAUUUCCAAGCAGUUCGAUACCCUGCAGAAUGAACACACGAGCGCCCAUUAUUUGCACAUCGUUGUUUCUUCAGCCUUUGGAUUGUGGCUCGAUCUUGUUUCUUGUGGAGUCGUGGCCAGUGUUAUCCUGUUUCUUCUCAUAAGUGGUCCUAAUACCUUUGCGGGUGAAGUUGGACUUAUAAUUACUCAGGUUCUAAUGCUGUGUGGUAUGCUGCAACGUGGCAUUCGUCAAUCUGCAGAAACAGCCACCCAAAUGACAAGCGUGGAACGAAUUUUACAAUUUACAGAUUUGGAGCAGGAAGAAAGUGACGAGAAAGCGUUGACAGCAAUAAAACCAAAUAAUUGGCCGAGUGAAGGCAAAAUCGAAUUCAAGAAUUACAAUCUGCGUUACGCUGAUGAUGCAGAUUUUGCAUUGAGAGAUGUCAAUUUUACCAUAGAAGCUGGUUCAAAGAUUGGAAUUGUUGGUCGAACAGGAGCUGGGAAAUCUUCGUUAAUUUCAGCUUUGUUUAGGCUUGCUCAAGGAGAAGGCCAAGUGCUUAUCGAUGACAUUGACAUCAGCUCGGUUUCACUGUACGAAUUGAGAAAGAGAAUCACCGUUAUCCCUCAAGAAACCGUACUUUUUUCGGCUUCCUACAGGGACAAUCUCGAUCCAUUUCACGAAUUCAACGAUGUUCAAUUGUGGACCGCUCUCGAGGGUGCUAAAUGUAAUAAAGGCGAGCCUCUGGACCAUCCGAUAGAAUGCAGCGGUUCGGGUUUGAGCGCUGGCGAACGACAACUUUUGUGCUUGGCUCGAGCGAUCCUCAAACAUACGCGAAUCAUCAUUUUGGACGAAGCCACGGCAAGCGUCGAUCCAGAAAAAGACGCGCUCGUGCGAAACACGAUUCGCUCGAAGUACUCGGACUGCACUGUCAUAACGGUGUCGCACAAAUUAGACUCCGUGCUAGAUAACGAUCGAGUGCUCGUUAUCGACGAUGGUAGAGUGAUCGAGUACGAUCAUCCUCAUGUUCUGCUUCAGAACGAAAAUAGUUUAUUUACAAAACUUGCCAAACAAAUGGGAGAGACUAAGUAUGAGAAAUUAAAGAAGGAUGCCCAAGAGAUGUAUAAACUUAUCAAUAAAACAGAAACAGUGACUGAAAAUACUCACGCCGUAGAAACACAAUAUAAUGGCGGUGUGAAAAAUGUAGAUAAUAAAAAAAGUGUAGAUAAUUCUGAUUCAGAAUUUACCGAUACCGUAGACGUAGAGAGUAACAAGAGUGCAAUGAGCGUAGGUAGUGUCAAAGAAACUGAAAAUUCUGAUACCGAAAUGAAUGACUCUGUUGAGGUGCAAAGCAAUGUCAGUGCGAAGAGUGCCAGUAGCAAUAAAGAAAUUGACAAUUCCGACUCGGAGUUCAUCGAUGCCGUAGAUGUAAAAAGUAAUGGUAGCAUAAAAAAUGCCAAUAGCAACGAAAAAGUUCACCACUCCGGUACUGAAAAGUGAAGCUUAAAUUUAUUACGAUUAAACGUGACUUGUGAUAAACUCAAUUUUAUUACUACUAUUAUUAACUAUUGCAAUAUUAUGUAAAUAUUAGUUAUUUUGUAGUUGGACAUUCAUAAUUUGUUGAUUUACAAAUUUGAGAUGAUUCUAUUCAAUAAGAGUUUGUUUUUAUUAUUGAUAUUUAUAAAGUUACAUGAUGUACAAGCUAAUUUAAUUCUUCCUGUAAAUAAUACACUUAAGUGUUUUUGAUAAAAAACUAAAAAAUAAAUGUUAUCAUUAAAUUGACUGAAAAAUAUAUACUACGGGCAUAUCAACUAUGCCCCUAUGAAAUAAAGUAAUUUGGAAAAAAA